AAUGUUGGUCUUCCUGAUGGCGGUAUUCCCCCUCAAGCUAGUCAACAGGCUGCUGUUCCACUUGAGUCGUAUGGACUUCCUGAUGGUGGUGUCCCACCAUCCUCAAGCCAGGUUGCUGUGCAGCAACAGUCUCAGGUUCAAUCAACUCAGUUCCCAGUUUCCACUCAACCUCUAGAUCUCAGUGCCCUUGGGGUUCCAAAUACUGCAGAUUCUGGAAAGCCUGCUGUGCAACCUCCUUCUCCACCAUCUUCUGUGCGUCCUGGACAGGUACCCCGUGGGGCUGCUGCUUCUGUAUGUUUUAAGACUGGAGUUGCUCACCUUGAGCAGAAUCAACUUUCAGAUGCGUUGUCUUGCUUUGAUGAAGCUUUUCUUGCACUGGCUAAGGAUCACUCUCGUGGAGCUGAUAUUAAAGCGCAAGGGACCAUCUGUGCUCAAUACAAGAUAGCAGUUACUCUUCUUGGGGAAAUUGGGCGGCUGCAAAGAGUUCAAGGUCCUAGUGCAAUCAGUGCAAAAGAUGAGAUGGCAAGACUCUCACGCCACCUGGGUUCUUUGCCUCUUCUGGCAAAACACAGGAUAAAUUGUAUCCGAACUGCGAUUAAGCGGAACAUGGAGGUCCAGAAUUAUGCUUAUUCAAAGCAGAUGCUUGAACUCCUGCUGUCCAAAGCACCUCCAAGUAAGCAGGAUGAGUUGAGGAGCUUGGUUGAUAUGUGUGUUCAAAGGGGUCUCUCCAACAAGUCCAUUGAUCCACUUGAAGAUCCUUCCCAGUUCUGUGCCGCCACACUUAGUCGCCUGUCAACGAUUGGAUAUGAUGUCUGUGAUCUUUGCGGGGCCAAAUUUUCUGCUCUCGCAACGCCAGGUUGCAUUAUAUGCGGGAUGGGAAGCAUAAAGCGAUCAGAUGCACUCACAGGGCCAGGGCCUGUUCCUUCCCCGUUUGGUUGAGGUUUAAACUUCAGCAACAUGCAGCUUACAGGACAACUUUGAGGAAAUUAGCCCCAAACAUUGUAGAGUACCUUUCACCCCAAUGUAGUUGCUGCUGUGGAAUAUCAUUCAGAGGAGGUUUCCCCAAGACAAAGAAGAGAUUGUACCACAUCCCAUUAGGUAUAUAAUGUAUCAUGCUAUUUUCGGAUGUUUUGAGUUUGAGUUUGAGUUGUUGUCAUGCCCUAAUCAUUAUUUCACCUUUUAUGUAUUUACCCCCAUUUUUUAUUGUCAUUAUAUACACCUUGUCAUAGGACAUCAUUGAUAAUCCCAUUUUUGUGAUACUAUCCUGCUGACUUUGUAAAAACCUGGAUGCUAUGGAAUCAAAAUUUUAGUUGAUCAGUGUUUUCUACUA